AUGAGUGACUCGGCUGAUGAUUCGACCGUGGUGCUAAGCGAGACAGCAGAGGGCACAACAACUGACAUUCCUAGCAUUACAGCAAGGACCAUGACAGUAGGUGAGACGCUGGAGUACGUGCAACAAGGACUGGGUGUCCAUACAAGUGCAUCACGUUCCAUCCUCCUGCACAUUUGUCAGCGGUUGACUCGAUUAGAAGCGCAUUUGAGCGACGUCCGCGACGAUGUUUACCAACUGCGUCGUGAUACAAACCAAGGUUCAGAAACCGUCCGCGGCGAAGUCUCGGGCGUGUUUGCCAGUGUCAACAACAUGUCAUCCAAGCUGAAAGAAUAUGAAAAUGCCAUGGAAAUGUUCCAGAAUAAUAUGCGCGCGCACCAAAAUCAUCUAACGGUGCUCUCAACCAAAGUCAAGAAGGAAAAGGAGCAUAUCCAAGUCAUUGAUACGAAAGUUGAAGAUCAUCGCCAAGACAUGAAUAAUAAAUUUGUCGAGUUGACGCAGAAGUUCCAGGAUUUACCUCUUCAACUGGCUGCAUUGCAGGCACCCCCUCCUAGUCAUAUACCCGAACAGUUUACAUUUCAGACGAAUGACGAGAAGAUAUCACUCCAAACACAUAUGCAGCGUCUUGAUAGUCAGCGUUCCAAGGGGUAUACGGACCUGCAGCCGUUUACUAUUCCCGACGACAUGAAGCUGAAAGUUGAGGCCAGAAUUCGGCAGCAAGAGGCCAGCAAGCGUGAAGCAGACGCCCGAGCUGCCGCCGAAUUAUCGGAUGCCUACAGACGCCUUCAGCUUGCAUCAGCGAGCAGCAACAACCCGCGACUCAGUGAACUUCACGUGAGUCUGGAUCUAUGUCAACAAGAAAUGAAGCGUGCGUUCCAGCUGAUCCGGACAUCGAACUUGCAACUUUAUUCACUCUGUGAGUCCAAGGCAGAAAAAAUGGACCUGACAGUGCUGCAGAACGAGGUUAAACAACUUCGCAGCCAUCUCCGAGAUAUUGAAAUUUCGCCAUCAGGACAUCGACCAAAGCAGCCCCAGUUACACAUUGGCAACGAAAAAGUGGACGGACCAUUUGACGACAUAAUGGUGGGGGAUAAAGGUCCCUGCUUAAGCUCGAAAAAGGGAUCGCAGCAUCUUACAAGCUCCCAGAUUCCUGUGCUACGAGUGUCACUCCUGGAGUUGUCAAGGAAUUUGAAUCUUCUCAAACAUCGCUGGAAGAAACACAAGCGACUGAAUCCAACUAGCGGCUCAAGCGUAAAUCCAGUGGCACAGAAGCAUCUUGAAAAGUUAGUAGUGUUGAUCAAUGACGCAUACUCGUCCAUGGCACAGGAGCCCGUAGAUCUUGCUGCCGUUGAGGCCCAUGUUGAAAAAGUGAGUCGUGUGCUCGGCUCGGACUUUUCCAUGCAGAUUUUAGCGUUGUUAGGUGGACGAAGUGAAGAGCCUGAGAGCUGUCGAUUCCCAGUAGCGAUUACUGCACGAGCUGCCGCUGGCGAAAUGGCUUCUGCACUGUGUAGAUACUCGGAAGCAUUCACCGAUAUGUUUUUCCGCCGUGAAGCUGACAACAAGGUGGCUACGGCCGCGAUGAAUGAGUGGGCCUCUGAAAAGCGUACUCUGGAGAAUGUGGGUCGUGAAGUUAGUGCACUCACUCGUAGUCAACAUGUACUCGAGACAGCAUUAGCUAAACUGGCUGCUGAGAUGCAGAAGACAAGACAUGUUGCUGCUGAGGUUGGUGAAGGUGGCAGUCUGAACUUGUGGACAACUUUGGGCGACGAGUUACAGCAGCUGAAGGGGAAAAUCGAUGCGAUGAGUAAGCAGUUUAUCACUGAGGCGGAGCUUGUGGAAAUACUAAGAGACCUCAAGCGUGAGCAGCAGUGUGCCCCCUUAGGAGUGAGUGGGGUGGUAAUCGGACAGCGCUAUCAAUCUGGUACUAUGCCGUUGUCACUAGAUUCGCCAUCAUCCGCAUUGCUAAAGCGUCCGCCAAAUGUGGAAAACGACUCAUCUGCAACCAAAAUGUUAGCAGCAAUUACGCUUGAGCCACCUGAAGACCGACCAAGGUCUCAAACGAAGUUAGAUCCCCUUCAAGGUGUAAAGAUCAAUGGUUCUUCACGACACCAAACAAGACCCAAUUCAGGAGAGAAUGGUGGAGCUGGUGCUGGAACUGCCACUAGUAGAAUUCACGCACGAGCGCAGAUGCUACGACCGAAGAGUAGGCACACUUAG